CAGCUCGACCUUCCCUUGGUGACAUAGUUCACCACAACACGGGACCACAUUCUAAAUAAUAACGCUUGGUUUAUUUUCUCAAAGAAAAAAACAAACAGUAGGUCCAUAUGUAGUACUGUUGCUCUAUUAACGGCAGUGGGUGUGUUCCGGUGAGAAAGCGGCCAUGCCUUUUAACGGUUCAUUCAUUUUCGCGGGUAUCAGCUGCGCGCGCUGCCGUCGUCGGUGAGCAGAGCACGCGCCCGUCUGAACCCCUCCCCGGUCCUCAGAGCCGCUCUGACUGUGGUCCAGGAGGGACGUGGUCCGCCGUGUCUGGAGGGACGUGGUCCACGGUGUCUUGGGGACCUGGUCCGCCGUGUCUUGGUGGUCCACCGUGAGCCCGGCUCCCUGUCUGAGAGGCUGCCCUUCGGAGAUGUAACUGCACUGUUUCUGUCCGUGUCGUCGCAGCACACGACAUAGAACACCGUGCACCGCCCCCGCCCCUCUUCAGACCUGUCGUGUGCUGUGGGACCGGUCAACGGAGCCUCCUUCCAGGGACCAUCACAGAGCAGAUGAGCCAUCGCUCUGGGAGACGUGCUCCUUCCUGUGCAGGAUAGGGAGCAUCUUGUUCAUCUGUAGUUGACGGCCUCAUUCCUGUUACUAAGUUACGUUUUCUCUAGCGCUGGCCGUAUCAUGACCCAACCCAGACGUGAUUCCGCCGUCGUCGGGCCCAGAGCGUGAGGCGGCCCUCUCCGUCCGGCACCAUGGGGUGCGUGUGUGUGCGUGCGAGGGACUGAGUGGCGGCGGCGGGGGAACCCCCGGCGCGGCAUGCUGCAAGCGGCCGCUCAGCAUGACUCUGCUGGACGUGUGGCUGUCUCGCUCGCUCCCCAUGUGGCUGCUGCUCCAGAGCCUGGUGCUCAUGGCUCUCUGCUUCCCCUCGGCCAGCAUGUGCCCCAAGGGCUGCGUGUGCCAGCGCUUCGACCUCCACCACCUCCACCUGCACCACCAGGGCCUCAACGUCAACUGCAGCCAGUCCCGUCUGAAGGAGAUCCCCGGCGACCUGCCCGUGGACACCGUGGUCCUCCGGCUGGACCGCAACCACAUCGCCGCCGUGCCCGACCGCGUGUUCCGGGGCCUGGCGCUACUGCGGGAGCUCAACCUGUCCUACAACGCCGUGGAGACGCUGGGCGAGGGCGCCUUUAGCGGCGUGGAGGCCACGCUGCAGGUGCUGGACCUGUCGCACAACCGCAUCGCGAGCGUGCACAAGGACGCCUUCGCGCGGCUGAAGGCGCGCGUGGUGGUGGACGACAACCCCUGGCACUGCGACUGCGCCCUGCAGCAGGCCAUCGGCGGCAUGGCGCACAACCACGAGGCGGCGGCGCGCGUGCUCUGCCGCAGCUCGGAGCUGCGGGACCAGGAGGGGAGGCCCUUCCUGGCGGUGGACACGGACCUGUGCAACCUGGCCAAGCGCACCACGGACUACGCCAUGCUGGUCACCAUGUUUGGCUGGUUCGCCAUGGUCAUCUCCUACGUGGUCUACUACGUGAGGCAGAACCAGGAGGACGCCCGCCGGCACCUGGAGUACCUCAAGUCCCUGCCAAGCAAGCCCAAGAAGCCCGACGAGGCGGACGACAUCAGCACGGUGGUCUGACCCCCUGGUGGUACGUACGUACGCACAGACGGUGACAUCAGCACGGUGGUCUGACCCCCUGGUGGUACGUACAGACGUACAGACGAUGACGUCAGCGUCGUGGUCUGAGCCCCUGGGCGUACAAACGGACUAACCAGGAAGGAUGUUGAUGUGAUAGGACUGGUUUUUAGUGUCUGUCUUCAAGGUGAUGUGGGUGAGUCUCAACCUGUCUUAGAGCCUGUUUUGUAGAGCUGUGGUCUCACGUGGUUUACAGUGUGUCUCAGUGGGGGGUUACUAGAGAACAACUCAUUACUCCAACUCGGUUUUUUCCUACUUCGCCACAAACUGCCUCCACCGCUUGGAAAAAUUUGAAUCUCAGGUUUAAAUUUUUGAUAGGAAGUAAUGUAUUUUUUAAGAAACUAAUUUGGAAAAUCUGUAUAGCAAAAUUAUUUUGUCUGAUAUGAACAGACAUAAGAAUGACCCUAUAGCUGAACGUUUCGACAUUGGGAGAUUGAAACUAAUUCUGUCAAAAGACACAAAAAAAUUGUAUGAUAGAAUGACUUUCUUGCCAUUUCAAAUAUAUUUUUAUUUUUAUUAAAAAAUGGUCCAUGACUCAACGAUACAUUUCUUGACAAAUAGAUGUCAGUUUUUACAAACAAUGUUACUCGAAAUGCAUCAUAUAUUUCCAUGCAUGCAAAUCAAAGUUCAACACUCUGAUGACAAUGAGUCAACAUAUCAUUAAAUUCCUAUUUAGCGAACUGAAUAAUGCAACAAAGUGCAUAUCAAAAAAAUGAAUACUUUGGAAUAUGGGUCAAAACUAUUUUGAACUUUAUUCAUCCAUGGAUCAACAAAGCCGACCUUGAUGAUUUGAGAUACAAUAAUUAGUUAUAUUGUAUUUUUGGUAUCCUUAGUUCUUUUAUUCAAUACAAAUGAAAUAAAUGUGUGAACAAAACUGCCAGUAACUUGGGUAUUAAAAGAGUCGGUAGUUAUUUUAUGGGUCAUUAACAAAUACUUACAUAUCAUAUAUAAAUAUAAACUAAUUCAUUAUUGUGAUCUAACUUAGUGGCAACUCGUAGAUGGUUAAAAAAAAUGCAUACAUUGAUUUCAAAUGUAACACGCCCAAAAGGAAAUAUUCUGAACCUGAAGGAUUCACAAGAAAACGCCAUCUUUACUGUUUACAGGAUGUGGACCUCCACAGAGACUUCUUCCAUUACUUUAUGGUGUCACCGUGUGUAUUCACCUUGUCAACUCCUAGCAAAUAAGCACAAUGACGUUUUCUACCUGCUGAAAUGGUAGAUGUUUUGUUAAUAUUGCCCAAGCCGCCGGAAGGGUCAAUGGUUUUAUCAAAGUUGUUCACCCAAUAGACAUAUAUAUACGAUAUACUUCUGCGUUGUUGAACUCGACUUCCUAGUAGAAAACCAACGCGGCAUUAAUACUACAGAGCAGAUGACAGAUGAUGUAGAGAAACAGGGAGAAAACAGGCGAUCCGGUAGUGUUUGGUGUUGCUGGUAGACAGAGGUGAUCUACAUUAAUUAUAGAUCUGGACGCAUGCCAGCGGUGGCCAUCAGUGAUGUCAUGAGGAGAAGCCCCUAGUUCACUCUGCAAAGUUGAAGUGGUAGUGUGGGGUAAAGAAGACAAACAGUCCCUUUUGCCACCACCGUGGAGACCAUAGGUCUUGGACUCAGUCCAAGACCUAUGGUCUUCACAUACUACCACUUCGACUUUGCUCGAUUACAAUGCUUACCCAUAACUAAGGGUGCAAUGAUUGAAUGAUCGAUGGACUCCAAUACAGUAUACUAUAAUUAAAGCUUUAAAUAUAAUGAAACUAUUUGUGUUUCAGAACCCAAAAGAAUCACUGCCGGGCGUGGAGAUUACUUUUAUUUGCUUGUUUUAGCCCAAAAUUGUAAUUUGUCUGUGGAUUCACGUGUGUGUGUGGAUGUGUCUGUGUGUGUGUGUGUGUGUGUGUAUGUGUGUGUGUGUGCGUGUUUGGAUGCACAUGUAUGUGUGUGUUUGUGCGUGCAUGUCAACGAAAGCAGGACAAAGGGAGAAAGCGCUGGAGUGACAGAGUUUCCAUUCCGUGGCCAGCCUCUUGUGCGUUGUAAUGAAGCAUUGUAAUCGGCCUGGCCCCAUCACAGAACCAGUGGCAGGGUGUAAUCAUUUCAGCUAAACCAACCCGCCGCCGCCCGCGUCUGGUGCGGUGCACGCCUCCUCAUCAUGGCUUUAGUAACACGCAGCGCUGUCAUGUGUACCACACACAGGGUGGAAGCGGUCACAUGGUUAUUACCACAUGGAUCCCCUGCCCGGGAGAGAGGGGCGUGGAUGCGCUGAUAAGAAAGAGGCAUGUUUAUACAGGAGGCCGGAGGGGGGGGCAUGGGUCGGAAAGGAAAUGAGUUUUUUGAUAUCCCAAACGACGACAUGUGUCAAUACGAGCCUCUCUACUCCUGUUCCCUGUAUGAGACACAAGUGCUCUCCUUCCAUGUGCUGGUAUUUGUGUGUUAGUGAGCACAUGCUCAGACAUUUCGUUUCAAACCCUUGCUUGUUAUCCUCUUAUGAGCAGAACGUCGUACAUUUUGGUUCAUAACAUUUAAAGAGGGGCGAGGACAACACAGAUUGAACAGAGUAGGAUUGUACUGUAAAUAGGAAUGUCAGUGUAGUUUGAAAAUACUUGAAGUCCCUUUAAACACUUUGUGAUUGAAUGUGCUACUGCCCCUGAAGUCGUCCUACUACUCGUCCUCUUAGGAAUGUUUAGAGACUAGUGUUUCACUGCAUGUCCGGUGUAAUGAAGAACCGUGUAGCCAAGGACCCGAGAGAACUUCUAAGUGCCUGAAUAAUUCUCUCACUUGCUUUUCUCCAUUUCUUUCCUCCAAGUCUUCACAAUGUGCUGUUUCUUGCCACACAAAAACAAUGUUCUCAGUUAUUUUAUUUUUAUUUUGUUCUUUUUGAUGUGUUUUUCUUUAAAGUUACCGUGUAAAAAAACUAAUAAAAGUGUGUAGAGAGCUGAGAGUUGUAUGUUAAAGUUGUACAAUGUCAAUAUUUUCAUGCACAUAAUCGGGGUGAUUGUUGGAAUAAAUCAAACUUCCUUUUGUAGACCAGUCAACGCUGUGUGUCUGUGGGUGUGCGAUUUUUUGUGUGAGUGUGUGUGCGUGUGUGUGCGUGUGCUUGUCCAUGUGUAUGCGUGGGUGUGUGUGUGUGUAUGUGUGUGAGUUGCGGUGGAAACACAAAGUUCAAAAACGGCAAAUGACUUUCAUGCUUAGGCUGUAAAAGGCAUGACAUAAAUAAAGAAAAUAUGCAUUUUUAA